CUCCUUAGAAAGAAGCUUCAAGUAAAUAUGGAGAAAGAUGACCUAAAACCCGCCGGAAAACCUUUGUACAGGCUUUAUUUCAAGGGUUUGGUAACCGAGGAAAAAGAGAUGUUAUUCGCAGGAUUCGGCGUUGCAAUUUGCGGCGACAAGGAAGAUCUAUUGUUUGACAUGAAGGGGCCAAUUCAUGACCCCGCAGUUACACUUUUGGAGGCUGAGCUUAUAGCAUUGAAGUGUGGAUUAAGGGAAGCCGUGAGUUUGGGGAUUAAUCAUAUCUCAAUUUGCUGCGAUCAUGAUCAGAUUUUCGAAUUGGUCAUGGGGAGAUUCACUCCUGAGCAAGAAAACAUUGCCUUGCUAAUGCGUGAUGUGCAAGGCAUCAGAAACAAUUUGACGUCUAGCGUCCCUGUUCUGUUGACUCGAGACCAAUCAAAUUUUGCCUACGAAUUUGCAAUUGAAGCAAUCUCUUCUGAUAUCAUCAUAGAUAUUCCUCCUCAGAAAGAGACUUGCAAUAUAUGUUUGAACGAUGACAUCAAUGCUGAUCAGAUGUUUUCGGUUGAUAAAUGUGGUCAUAUGUUUUGUUCCGAAUGCGUUAAACGACAUAUAGAGGUGAAACUACUAGAGGGAAGUUUGAUCAGCUGCCCUCAUUAUCUUUGCAGUUCGCUGCUGAAUUCUGAAUUUUGUGUCAACAUUUUGACUCCUAAACUAAAAGAGAUGUGGGAGCACAAGACUAAAGAGAACUUGAUUCCUGUAACGAAUAGAGUUUAUUGCCCAAACCCGAGGUGCUCGACUUUAAUGUCGGAAACAGAGCUCUCUGGACUUAUUAUUGGAGUUAGGAUAUGCUGUGUAAAAUGUGGCGAACCCUUUUGCAUCAACUGCAAAGUACCGUGGCAUAAUAACUUUUCGUGCGACGAGUACAAGAGGUUGCAUCCAAAUGCUACAGAAAACGAUGGAAAGCUAAAAGAUCUAGCGAAUGAGAAAUUGUGGCGUCAAUGCAGCAAGUGUAAACACAUGAUUGAACUUUCUUCUGGAUGCGUCAGUGUAAUUUGCAGAUGUGGACAUGAGUUUUGCUACCGAUGUGGAGCCGAUGCUGGAGAUUGCUCUCAUGGUCAUGGCUUACCUCUUACAGAUGAUCUGCUUUUGACACCAUGCUCAACAAGCCAAGAUCAGUUUGAUUUUUUACUAGGAUUGAAAAUUGCUCAUCAGCCUCCUAUAACAUUUAAUAGUCCGGAGACGCUCUAGCUCUACCGGUGGUUUCUUUUAUCACUCAUCUUCCUUUGCCAUUUAGGGGUUUUUGGAUAUAUAUUGUCUUUCUUCUGUCCCAAGUUACAAUCUUGGUUUAAACCCUUCUUGCUUUUUCUUCGGUACUUCCGGUCUACUGGCGGCGUAUGUGAUGAAUAUU